AUGUUUAUUAAUGUUUGGCUGUUCACUAACAAUCUAGUCUAUUCUAUACCUUAUAAUUUUGGUCAAUCUUUACAAAUUCAUGAAGCAGCGAAUUUACUAUAUCGAUACGGGUAUAUGGAUGAUUUCUCCGAAACUCGUAAUAAUAACAAUCAUAAUGGCAAUCCUAUAUCACCAGAUGAAAAUCCUUUUGAACUUAAAUUUCCUUAUCCAGAUAAAAUAUCUCUGACAAAUCCACCAAAAGAAUUGAUCAGUGCAAUUAAAAAAUUUCAAAUUCAAUAUAAUUUACCUCUUACAGGUGAAUUAGAUGAAGCCACAAAAAAUCUUUUAAUUUCACCACGUUGUGGUAAUCCAGAUAAACAAACUAACAUGAAACAGAAUAAUUCAAGAUUUAAACGUAGCAGUACAUUCCAUUUCAAUUAUAAUAAUCAUUCAAUCAAUGUACAAAAUGCUCAUUAUAAUAAUAAAAGAAGAUUCUUAAAUAGACAAAAACGUUAUUUAAUUGGUGAUGAGAAAAUGAAAUGGACAAAGAGAAAAUUAACUUGGCAAAUACAAAGUUAUCCAUCACAUUCUUUAUCAAGAGUUCGUGCACACGCAGUAUUUCAGCAUACAUUCAAUUUAUGGUCAAGAGUAGUGAAUUUAGAUUUUAUUGAAGAAAAAGAUUAUUAUAAACCAGCGGAUAUUGUAAUACAUUUUGGAGCUGGUAAACAUGGAGAUUCUAUACCAUUUGAUGGAGCAGGUGGAGUACUAGCACAUGCUUACUACCCAACACCAGAUAAUGUAUAUUCAUUUUCUGGUGAUGCACAUUUUGACGAUGACGAAAUUUGGAAUGAUGGACCGCACAAAACACAUCGGAAUUUGAUUUCUGUUGCAGCGCAUGAAUUAGGACACAGUUUAGGAUUAGGUCAUUCAUCUGUACCGACUGCAAUUAUGUAUCCUUAUUAUACAAGAAGUUGGGAAAAAGUUAAAUUAGAUCCAGAUGAUAUUGCUGGAAUACAACAAAUUUAUGGUGCUGCUAGACCGGGUAAAUUUAUACCUCCUGAACCUAGUCUACCUGAUAUACCUCCACCGCCACCUGUAACUACAGAAUCACCGAAACGAGAGAAUGUUUUCGAUUUUUGUAAUAUCAGUGUUGAUGCAGUUAUUAAAAUUCGUAAUUUAGAAUUGUAUGUUUUCAAAGGAGAAUGGCAAUGGAGAGUAACAUGGUCAAAAACUGUAACAACAUGGAUUACUUAUCAAUUUCGUGAUGGUCCAGCAAAAAUAACCUAUUACUGGCCUGCAUUACCGAAAUAUGUUAAUUAUAUUAAUGCUGGCAUUGAACGUCAUGAUGCAGCGAUUUACAUUUUUCGAGAUAAAAAAUUCUGGCUACUUUUGGAUAAUAUGAGAAUGAAACCUGGAUUUCCAAGUGAUGGAUUACCUCUGACUGAUCUUGGACUUCCAUCACAUCUGGAGCGUGUAGAUAGUGUAUUUUCUUGGGGAGAAAAUCAGGCAAUUUAUAUUUUUGCGGGAAAGUAUUACUGGCGCUUGGAUGAGAAUGCCGGUCCAUUUGGUAAAGUAAUUAACAGUCCGGACUAUCCUCGUCUGAUAGAAGACACAUGGCAGGGAGUUCCUGUUCCUACGCAAGCCGCAUUUACCGGUCUCAAUGAUGAAACUUUGUUUUUCGAAGGCACAAACUAUUAUGUAUUCGAUAAUAUAGCAAUGCGUACACGUCCUGGUUAUCCAAAACAAGCUUCACUGGGUAUACUUGGUUGUAUGAAAUGA